GGCGUGAUGCGCUCGUGUGUGUAUCGUCCAACGAAAACAUACAUGUAUGGUCUCUCUGUGGGUGCCGUGCGUGUGUGUUUUCCUACGGCACGGCAGCCAGUCCAGGAGGGUGGUUCAUACGGCUGCGGGAGUCAGUGAGGAACGAGGCACAUCUCCAGUCGUGUCGGCCGACUAAACAGACGACUUAUACGAUUCAUCUACACGGCACCGGUGCCUCCUCCCUCUCUCCCUCCACACAUAGACGUGUGUAUGUACACAUGUGGUCAGCCAGGUCAGCCCUCCAGCAGCGCCUCUAAGUCACGCGCGAACGCAUCAUCACCGGCCGCCUCGGGCACCGCUACUUCUGAUGCUGAUGCCGCAGCUUUCUUGCGCCGCUUUGGGGAGCGGCCACUCCCCGCGUCGUAUGGUGCGUCGGCCGGUGGCUGCUGGUCGGUGAGUUGCAGGGGAGCCGCGGAUGAGGGAAGAGCUGACUCGGCUCCUGCUGCUGCUGCUGCUGCUGCUGCUGCUGACGCUGACGCACCUGAGGUAAAAACAGAUGGGUGUAUGUCGGUGAUCUCCCUGUUUCUGUGUGUCAUGUCAGCCAGAGUCCUUUGUGCCUUCUCACCUCCGUCUGCAUCUCCACCUCCAUUUCCAUGGCCAUACUCGUCCACCUCACGUUGGCUCUGUCGCUUGAGGAGAUCCCCCUCCUCGGCCAUCAGUUGCUUGAGGGAGGCAUCCACUUGCCUCUCCAGCUCCACCAGCAGGAUCCUCUCACGCUUGAGCACACGCAGCUCCUGCUGACCACUCAAGUGGCUGCACAACAUGACG